AUGGAGGACUACCCGGAGGAGCUGCGGACGCCGCCGGUGUCGCUGGUGUCCAUCGUGGGGUGCCCGGAGAUGCACUCCACGAUCUCGGCGGCGCUCAGCUCCCAGCAGCCGCCCAUGAACACGCUGGCCCUCCCGGACUUCGCCAAGGCCAACAUCCUCUCCCGCACCGCCAAGAGCCGCGACCCGCUCGCGCCGCCGCAGGCCGCCACGGGGAUCCUCAAGAAGGACUGGCUCCUCAAGCACCGGACGCGGGUGCCCGCCGCCGUCGCCGCCAUGUUCCGGGCCGAUCAGGUCACCGGCGACCCCGCCCAGUGGCUCCAGGCCUGCUCCGAUCUCGAGAACCUCAAGUCUAUAAUCCAGGGAAGACAUAGUAAAUUGGUGGUGAUCCUUGUACAGACUCAAGCUGGUGAUGAGCUGGGUGAGGAAGUUAUGGUUGCCCUGAGAAAACGUGCGGAGAUUGAUUCUAAGCACCUGAUUGUGUUGGUUGAGAGUGAUGAAGCAGAACGGAACGCAUCUCUCCUCAAAUUGAGGACUAUUUUUGCGGAGCUGUGUUCCACAUACUAUAAGGAGGAAGGGCGAAGGAUAAAAGCCCGCAUUGAGAAGAGGAACUUCUCUUCUGUGGAGCUGAGUGUCCGCUACUGCUUCAAGGUUGCUGUUUAUGCGGAGUUUAGACGGGAUUGGCCAGAAGCAUUGAAGUUCUACGAGGAAGGAGUUCGUGUUUUGCGUGAGAUGAUUGGGACUUCAACAAGGUUGCCUCCAACCCAACGCCUAGUUGAGAUAAAAGCAGUCGCCGAUCAAUUUCACUUUAAGAUAUCAACAUUGCUACUUCAUGCUGGGAAGGUCGUAGAAGCAAUCACAUGGUUCCGUAAACAUAUCCGAAGCUUUGAGCGUGUUGUUGGAUCACCAGAAGUCGCUUUUCUUCAUUGGGAAUGGUUUAGCAGGCAGUUCCUUGUCUUUGGUGAGCUAAUAGAGACAACAUCAACAACUGUUCCAGAUACAAUAUCCCCUCGGUUUGGUACUGCUGACAAUGCAUUGACUGAGUGGGAAUUUCAGCCAGCUUACUACUACCAGUUAGCGGCAAAUUACCUCCGAGAGAAGAGGUGUGCUUUAGAGUGUCCUCCGUCAAGGGCAAAUCUUACCGGUGAUAGCGAAAUACCUGACUCAGUAAUGUCUUCUGUAUAUGUUGGCCAGUAUGUCCGCCUGUUUGAGGAAGGAGAUACCAUUUCUGUGCUUCCCCUUUCUGAUACAGAAUAUACCAGUUAUGCUUUGUCAGAAGCUGAAAGGUUUCAAGAUUCGUACGAGAUAAUUGCAUUGUUCAGAAAAGCUUAUGAAUCAUUUCUGAGUCUAGGGGCUACGAGAAUGGCUUCUUCCUGUAGUGCUGGAAUGGCUAUAGAAUAUUAUGCAGCUGGGGAAUUUGGUAACGCAAAAAAACUUUUUGAUGGCGUCGCUGGUCUAUACCGUCAGGAGGGCUGGACUACUUUGCUUUGGGAAAACCUGGGUUACUUGAGAGAAUGCUCAAAGAAACUUAAUUCUCUGGUGAAUUUUAUCAGCUAUUCACUAGAGAUGGCUGCACUACCGUUAUUCUCUGGCAGUGUACAGGGCAACUCUGAAAAUAAAAGUAAUGGACCAGCAGGUUGGCCUACCAUUUCCAGGAGAGAGGAAAUACAGCAAGAAGUUGUCAAUAUUCUUGAAGGAAAACAUACAUCCCAAGUUAUGGAUGAUGAAUUUAAUCUUCAAUUGACGGAAGAAUCUACUCAACUAGUUAUUGAUCAAAUAAGUCCUCUAAGAAUAGUGCUUGUUGCAUCUGUUGCUUUUCAUGACCAAUCUGUAAAACCUGGCUCACCUCUGCUUGUCAGCGUGUCAUUGUUGUCUCAUCUUCCUUCUCCAGUUGCAAUUGAUCAAUUGGAGGUUCAGUUCAACCAAUCUGACUGUAACUUUGUCAUGGUUAGUGCACAGGAAAAUUCUUCUACGUUGAAUUCAGAUGUUCAUGGCCAAGUUGUCCAUUCUACUUCUCUUACAUUGUUCAGCAAUAAAUGGAUGCGGUUGACGCAUGAAAUUAAAUCAGGACAAAGUGGAAAGUUGGAAUGUUUAUCGGUGAAGGCAACAAUAAAUAAGCACCUUCUGGUUUGCUGCCAGGCUGAAAGUCCUGCUUCAAUGGAAGACUUUCCGCUGUGGAAAUUUGAGGAUCAAGUGGAGACAUUGCCUACAAAGGAUGCUGCACUUGCCUUUUCCGGGCAGAAAUUGAUUCAAGUCGAAGAGCCAGACACUCAAGUUGACCUUGUCUUAGAUUCUACUGGCCCUGCGCUGGUUGGAGAGUUGUUUGUUGUCCCAGUAACCAUAUUAUCAAAAGGGCACGCAGUUCAUUCUGGUGAGCUGAAAAUUAAUCUCGUCGAUGCCAAAGGCGGUGGUCUUCUGAUGAGUCCAGGGGAAGCAGACGAAUCUGAAAGCCAUCACGUUGAACUUCUUGGUGUUUCAACCGCAAGUGGGGAUGAAGUGUCGAAGGAAGAAGUUGAUAACAUUAAAAAGAUUCAAUAUUCAUUUGGGGUCGUAUCAGUUCCCAUGCUAGUUGCGGGUGAUUCCUGGUCCUGCAAAUUGGAAAUUAAAUGGCAUGGAGCAAAGUCACUCAUGCUCUAUGUUUCACUUGGCUAUUCUCUAGACUCGAGUGAAGAUGCAUCACUACACAGACUUAACGUGCACAGAAGCUUGCAAGUUGAAGGAAAGAUCCCCAUGAUAGUUGGUCACCAGUUUUUGAGACCAUUUAGGCGAGAACCCUUGUUGCUAUCUAGGAUCAGAUCCUCAAGCGGCGACAAUAAAAAAGAUUCACUUGCUAUGAACGAGUCCAAUAUGCUUAUUGUGAGUGCUAGAAAUUGCACCGAGGUCCCUUUGCGUUUGCACUCGAUAGCCAUUGAAUCUGAUGGUGAUGGGAAGCAGCUGUGCCCAGUGGAACAAAUCAGCGGACUAUCUGAUGAAUACGCAGUUGUUGCUCCUAGCGCAGAAUACAAGGCAAUAUUUUCAGUCAAUCCAAGGGCCAGCAAUCCGGACUUUUAUUUAGGUGAACUUUGCCUGAACUGGUCAAGAGAUUUAGUCCUUGGAGAGAAUCAAGAUAGGCGUGUUACGAUGAAGCAAAGAUUACCCGAGGUUCAUAUCGAGGAGCCGCCGCUUGUUGUGAGCAUUGAGUGCCCUCCCUACGCUAUCCUCGGGACGCCGUUCACUUUCUAUGUGAAGAUCCACAAUUCAACAUCCUUACUCCAGGAAAUCAAGUACUCUCUUGUUGAUUCCCAGAACUUUGUUUUCUCUGGGGCACACAAUCAUGCCGCAUUCAUUCUGCCGAAAACCGAGCAUACCGUUAGUCACAAGCUCGUGCCGCUUGGUUCCGGCUCCCAGCAGCUGCCGAGGAUAACGGUAACUUCGGUGAGGUACUCUGCUGCAUUGACUCCUCCAACCUCGGCCACAUCCGUCUUUGUCUAUCCCAGCGAGCCCAAAUUCAACCUGGAAAAGAGCCACCCCAUAUCCGAUGAAUGCGUGAGCUAG